AUGGAGAACGGCGGUCUCGAGCCCGAUCUUUCGGAGGCGAUCAUCCCUACGCCCAUCGCGCAGCUCCAGCCAGGCCUUUCAGAUACCGCAUCACAUGUUGUCGAUGGUGAAGUGACUAUCACAUGGCCAUUCAGCAUUGUCACCAAAUCCGUUGCGUUCAAGCUCGCCGAACACGAUUUCCUGCUGCGACGCAACAAAGGCCAGGUACGAGUGGAAUUCCAUGGCGCCGCGGGAAAGGCAGUCGCCGCGACUGGAAUUGGAGGUGGUGAUAAGGUUCGGCUCAGUUUGGCCGGGGUUGAAUGGACCGAGGGAGCACCUGCAUCGACGCGACCAGACACGCUCCAAUGGCAGAUGAACUUCUCGAGUAGGCUGCGCAUGCGGGUUCGCAGGGCAGACAGCCAGGAAGAAGAAAUUAUCAACGUCGAUUCCUCCGACAGCAUCGAAAACGAUUCACCAUUGACUGAACUCACAGCGCCGUCAGUUUCUGAACUCGAACCCUCGAUCCCAAUACCAAACGAUACGCCCCUAAAGCCGGCGAUUUAUCCACGAGCCGGGCUUGAAGCCCCCUUGACCGGAAAGCGUCAAGUUUCGGAAGCUUUCGAUACAGACGAAUAUGCAUCUCCUGCUUACUUGAAACGUGCUAGAAUAUCAUAUGGAUCACUGUUCGAGGGUGGUUUGGAUAUAUUUGACGAGCACGAUGAUGAUGUACCGAGCAAGAAGAGGGAUAAAAAGCGGCCGCGCUUCAGCAUGAAUGCCAAUUGGAAAUACACCAGUCGUACCCCUAGCCCCGAGCCUGAACAUUCGCCCGAGGUCGAACCUGAACCACUGGCAGGAAACAAGGAUGCCCAUGAGGUUCUAAUGGAAACGCCAUCGCGGCUCCCAGUGGCAGGCAAGGAAGGACAAGAUGGGAGUUCAAAAGCUUCAGCCUCGCCUGUUCCGUCAAAAGCUACUGAAACAAAGGUUCUAUCGCCUCAAAGAGCUUCGACACCUAAUUCACCUUGCCCACCAAGCAUACCAAGAACGGAACCCGAGGAGGAGCCACAAAAUUACACUGAGCAAAACUUGAAAUCCUCUGGGGAUACAGAUCCUUCCCUUCAAUUGGCAGAAGUGGAUGCUCAAAGCGAGCUAGAAAAGACCAGCGCAGAACCUGACAGCCUCCCUCAUAACGAUGCGCCAAAGCCACACGAUAUUAUGGAUCAAUUUCUACAUGAUGCAAUUGACCCAGCUCUCACUGACGAGGCAGGAGAAGCCGCCGAUCUAGUUCUGGAAAAUGAUGCUGGAAGGUUUUUGGAAGAUCACGACCUACAGUUUGCCCCUAUGCCCACAUAUGCGGAGAGCCAGCCACCAAUGGGUAGUUUUUCUCAUCUACCCAAUGGCGAGCCGCAUGUAAAUCAUUCAUUCUCGGCCUUCCCAACACAGUCCAAUGACUGGCUACCUAUGUCUUCAGCGCCUGUUUAUCCACCGAUACCAGCAUCGAAUAGCUUCAACAACCCUGUGGAAAUCAUCGACAGCUCUUCGGAUGAAGAACAAUCUUCAGAUGAAGGGGAUGCCGAACGCGAGGAUGAUGAGGGUCAGUUGCGAGGAAGCUCUCUGAAAAGCGAGGGUGAAGACUCAGAUCACAGCCACAUGGAAGACAGUGAGCAAGAAGCCCUACAGCAAGGCAGGGAGGACUUUCAGAUGGACGACAAUGAGUCUGAAGAAGGUACAGAUGUUGCUGGGGAGGACUAUGAUCUGAGAAAUUAUGACGAUGCCCAAGAUGAUGAUAGUGCCGGGAGUGAGAGUGAAGAGGAGGGCCUGCAUAGGCCAAAUGGAGCUGGACAUCUCCUCAACAUGGCAGAUGAACAGAGCAGCCACUUCAUCAAUGAACAUGGAUCUCUGAAUAAUGGAGAGAUUAGAAGUCCUGCCAGGGCUGCUGGGUUGGUACCUGUGGAUGGGCAGGCUGAUUCUGAUUCCGAGUCUGAAGAGGAGGACGAAGAUGACGAGGAACAGGAAGAAGAGGAGUACUAUGAAAGAGAGGAAGGCAACGUUCAUGGGUAUGAGGAAGAAGAAUAUUAUGAAGAGGGCGAGGAAGAGUAUGAGGAGGAAGACGAAGAGGAAUAUGGGGAGGAGGCAGACAACUCAACACCACCGCCUCCACAAGAACCGGUAUUUAUCGACCUUAUGUCAGACUCAGACGACGAAGAUGAGCUCGAUCAGCAAGAACCCCACAAAGAGGAGCCAGAGGCGAAGGGAAGUGCAGAUGCACAUGAACCAGAUACAUCUGCAAUCUCCGCCCACCAAGAGGAAGCUCUGAGCGAAAACGAGGAAUCACAAGACACGAAUCUAGCAUUUACGCAAGGCACUACCACUACAGAGGAAACGGCUUCAAUUAACGUGGAUGCAUCCAAGCAACCAAUUCCAGCCCACCCAGAUCAGUCAAACCACAGCGCGACAGAACACAGUGUUGUUACCGUCCUAGAAACACUAGUCAGUUCGGGCAAACAAUCACAAUCACAAUCGAAUCCACUAGCGGCUACAGAUCUAGAACCGCAUGUCGAUUCAAUCACACAUUAUGAAGAGAGCCAGGAGACGGUCACAAUCUCUAACGGGCAAACACAAACUCAAACAGUGGUCGGUCUGGGCGAGCAGAGUCCAGAAAUCCAACGUGCUGAAAUGGAGUCUCAAGUCACAGAGAGCCAAGAGAUAGAAAGCAAAGGUAUGAGAGCUGAAAUCUCUUCCCCUUCCUUUGAGGAUGCUACAAGUCAGGAGAAAGAUGGGUCAACCCAAGAACAGCUUGACGUGGAUAUGGAUGUUCCGCCAGCCGUAGAACAGGGAGGUCCUACAUUUACCACUCAUAUGGAACAAUCCUUCACCGCAGACACACCAGAACAGCCAGCCACAGGCGAUUUACCACCCACAGAGCCAACUCAGGGGUCACCAGUCUCAGCCUCCAAACCGAGUGGGCUUUCGGCCACCGAUGAAAACAUGGGGGCGAGUAUAGGCAAAGCAUCAUCCCCGAUGACUGAACAGACAUCACCCAAACUUGUAGAAAGUGUCUCUGCAGAAAUCACUUCAAACAUCGCCGUCGCGCCAACUGGCCAGGUUCCUACAGUGGAGCUACCUGCUGCUUUAACCCCUAAUGCCGAUGGAAAAGACCUGCCUAAUGACAGCGCAGGCGAAGAUACAGCGAUGCAAGAGGCAUCUCUCAUAGUAGAGGAGACACAUCAAUUGGAGUCUCUCCAACAAACGGACCCUGUACAGGAUGAGAUUGAGGUCAAGGAUGGUUUAGACUCGCUACCUCCAACCGAGAUUUCUCAGCAGGCGCAAACAACAGAUGAAGUGGCACAACCAGUUGCAGGUACGGUCGAGGUGGAGGAGGUAAUAUAUGUGGAGAGAGCAGAGGAGGAUAUGGAGCCGCACGAAUCGCCACCAAAUGAUGCUAUGGAUAUUGACCAGGUCGAUGAUGAGCAUGAUCACGACGCAGAAUAUUCUUUUGCGGCUGAGCAGCAAAUCAUAUCAGAGUCACAGGGGUAUCAAGACAAACCCAUGACCGAUACUCUUCAGCCUGAGGCUGAUACUGCCACGUCUGUUCCCAGUGAGCCCGUGGAGAAGAAGAAAGCUACGGCAAAGCCAGAGCAGGAAAUGUUAAUUACGGUGCAGUCUUUGCGCAGCCGCGGACAUCGCAAGAGUUUGUCCUCUGACUCGACGAGCACGCACAACCAGGAUCCCAGUAUUUUGCUUGCAAAGGCCAACACGGGAGCGGCUGAACCCGAACCACGUCGAAAACAUAAGACUCCCCCAGUCAUUCAUACAGGUCGGAUCACCCGCAGCCAGGUGGAAGCUGGUGUGGGCCAAACGGCGGGGUCUCCACAUACGCCAACGAGGAGCACGCGACUUGGUGCUACGCCAGAGACGCCCCACGGAAGUCAAGCGUCAGGGGCCACCCGGAAGGGUCGAAGCAAGUCGCCGGCCUCGACGUCGGAGCUGUUGAAGACGCCUUCGGUGGCCGGGUCCCCAGCAGCUGCCGCUGCCGCAGAUGGCGAGCCAAUCUCCGAAUUGAAGCUACGUUUGUCGAGGGAUCUUCGAACCAACUUGGGAGACUUUACCCCCCUCAAGUCGCUCCGAAUGGCAUCGAAGAUGACGAACAUCCUUGCCAUUGCUACGAGGACCCCUCCGCAGCCAUCACGGCCGAAGAACGGCCCGCGCGACUACAUGGUUGAGCUGAUACUUACAGAUCCAUCAUGUGCACCGUCCACCGUCGUGGUUGCGCACUUCUUCCGCCCGCACCAGGCAGCCCUGCCGACGGUGCAUGUGGGCGAUGUGGUGCUCCUGCGUCAAUUCCAGAUUGUGUCGGUUAGAAAGCGCGGCUUUGGGAUCCGAACCUCAGAGGAGUCGGCCUGGGCCGUCUUCGAGAAGGAUGACGAGGAGCAGAUCCCUCAGAUCAAGGGCCCCCCUGUCGAGCCCUCCGACGCUGAGGUGUCAUAUGCGGAGGGUCUUAGACGCUGGUGGACACUCUUGGAUGAUAAGGUCAAGACCAAGAUCGAGAAAGCUACGGAGAAGACGGUCCAGCUUGGGGCCCGUGACGAAAAAUAA